UGUGCGCUCACUGGCUGCUCAGCCUCUGUGUGAGAGAAGCCCGUUCAGAGGUCGGACUGCCGGGACCGAUCACCUGGCAGUAGGCGACUGAAGUGCUCAGCGUCCGGACUCACAGCUGCACAAGAGACCGGGAACAGAACCGGGGGAAGUCAGAGGAGACUUUACGCUCCGAGAUGGAAUGCAUUGAAAAGACUCUGUGAAAGUUUAUAUUUCCGACAUGGAGACACAAGCGAAUAGACAAUUAAGCACAAUAAAAUCAGCCAGCAUUCUCGCCUGAGGUUUGAUGUGCAGCAGGAGGAUGACACCUGCACCCCGCCUGGCGAGGACCGACGCGUUGAUCCACACUUCCACAUCUUUGAAGAAGAGUAGGUCAAAGCUUCCGCAAGAGUGACUUUCUGCCUCUACUUCUGCAGAGAGGUCAGCAUCCUGCUCGCUGCCAUCUCCAGUUAUCGGCUGUGGCUGCAGAAACAGCGCACUUGUUUUGCGCUUCUAUAUAUCUUUGCACCAUCGUGGACUGCGGCAAAACAUCAUCUCGCACCCGGACAUCUCGUACACACAGGUGCCUGCAGCCACAGUCAUUUAAACAUGUCUGCACUCAUGUCUUCAUGCUGUUUCCCUGGUGAGACUUCACAUCUGCUGGAUGUUAAGAAAUAAAAGAGCUUUUCUUUAAACUCUCUACACAACAGCAAGAAAGCAGUAAUACCUGUGGAGCACUGACUCACCAUGGGCACUGUACUAUCGCUGUCUCCCGGCUCUCGGAAAUCAGGCUACUAUGACAACCGGCCAGGCUCGCUCAGCCACUACCCGAGCAUCAGCAGCCGCUCUCUCAACAGCCAGAAAGACCGCGGUCUGAAGAGGGGACAGUCCAUCUUCCUCCCGGCGCUCACGUGGAAGCGACUGGUGGCUUCAACCAAGAAGAAGGGCAACUCCAAGAAAGGUUCCGGUCAAGUGGCCCUCGGAGACCCUCUCAACAACAACAACAUCAACAUCUACCAAAAGGACCCCUUGCUGCACCUCAACCGCGAGAAUGUGAAGAAGUCACUGUCGUGCGCCAACCUGUCCAGCUACGAGGGCCCAGCAGGACUGGGGCUGGGGCUGGGCUACGGCAUGGGGAUGGGUCAGGGGCACGGAUGUGGCUACAGCAAGUCCCAACAGCUCUCUUCUGUGAAAAAAUUUCCCCAAGGGACGGUGACCUCGUCCCCAAAGCGUGUCAUCGUCCAGGCGUCCACAAGUGAGCUCCUGCGCUGCCUGGGGGAGUUCCUGUGCUGUCGCUGCUACCGCCUGAAACAUCUGUCUCCGGCUGAUCCGGUGCUGUGGCUGCGGGCCGUGGACCGCUCACUGCUGCUGCAGGGCUGGCAGGACCAGGCCUUCGUCACGCCCGCCAACGUGGUCUUCGUCUACAUGCUGUGCCGAGACGUUGUGGACGGCGACGUGGUGGCGUCGGAGCACGAGCUGCAGGCCAUCCUGCUCACCUGCCUCUACCUGUCCUACUCCUACAUGGGCAACGAGAUCUCGUAUCCACUCAAGCCCUUCCUGGUCGAGGCGGGUAAGGAGGCAUUCUGGGACCGUUGCCUCGCCAUCAUCAAUGCCACCAGCGCCAAGAUGCUACGCAUUAACGCAGAUCCGCACUUUUUCACACAAUUAUUUGCUGAAAUGAAGAGGGAAGGCGGCUGCGGCCCUCAGGACUAUAGUCGGGUGCUGGAUCGGUGAGAGGACGUUUGCUGACCGCAUGACUUUUUGAACACUCGUAUAUACAUGUAUAUAUACUUGCACACAUACGCACACAUUUGUCUAAUGCAGAUUCCUUUCCCCCUUUUCUUCUGCUGCUGCCCUGCAGGAGCGAUGGCUCUAGUCUAUCUUGACAGAGUUAUGUUGACAUGUUUAAUCUUUCCAUCUGUGUUUGUUGCUCCCAUCCAUCCACAAAAAGAAAUGAGGAAUUAAAACGUUGCCCCCCAAGAUAAUUGGCUAAAAGAAGCUCACAUUUGUUGUUGCUUUGUUUGGUCCUGGAAUAUCCACCUGCGUUUACUUGAAUUGAGAAACCAUUUGGUCCCCCUGUCCCAUCCGUCGUCCCAGCUGCUCCUCUGGACCUGCACAGUACUCCCGGCAUCCUCACACACCAUUUCUGAAUGUGAUCAAUCAGUGUGCGCGGGACAAGAAGAUGCUAUCAUCACUCUACAAAUACCAUCGAGGAUUAUUCACUGGUUGUAUUCUAAACGUCCAAGUGGAUUUACAGAAGAAUAAAACAGACAACAUAAUCCACUGAGGCCAAGUUACAUUUUCCAGGGCAACACAAGGAGACAUGUUGACAUCCGCUGCUGGAUAAGCUCCAUGUGCCAGCAGUGAAAAGUGAGUCAGACUGACGGGGACAGCUGAGAGGUCCAUGUUAGGUCCUGCUGUGCGCUGUGUUAUCAGUAGAGCAAAGCGAGCAGGCAGUGUUUUGUGGAGCCUUUUGAGGGUCGUCUGGCUUGAGGGGACAGUUGCUGCUGUUUUAUCUUUUCCCACUCAAGCCUGCCUCCGUGCUUCUAUUUUAUCUCAGGAGACUUUCCUGGUUGAAGCAGAAUUUGAGAUGGAUGUGUUUUGUGAGAGUGUAUGGCCAUGUGUGUGUGUCUCGGCAUUGUGUGGUGGAAGGUAGCCAUGGUCCUCAACUGUUUACUCUAUCCUUUGUUCCCUGCGUCUUGUUGACAGGGCACCUACAGGCUGUGGUAUUAAUGAGAUUAGCAGAUUACUGCAGCCCCUCCCCUCUCACAACCUCUGCCCACUUCUUGUCUACUCGGCAGCCCUGCAGAGUUUCAGUGGCUAAUCCAGGCCAGACUGGACCGUGCUGGACUGUAAACUUACACACAAACAUACACACAUUUAAAUACCUUGUCGUGUGCGCUCUUCUCUACUCAGUGCAUGAAUAAAACACUGCGUGACACACAUGUGCAGCUCAGGGUCCAGAGCAGAGGCAGUGAGGCGCUCUGCCUUCCUGGUGGAAGGGUUUUUGUUGUUGUUACUUCUGAAUUUGUCCCACUUUCGCAUCAGUCAAAUGUGCAUCCACAUCUGCCAUCAAGAGGCCUGUUUCCUCUCUCCAUCAAGCGUUGGCAUUUGUGCUUCAAUGCCUUUAAUCUCUAUUUCCCAAGUGUUUUAAUGUGUGUUGUCAGAGGUGGUCACAGAUGAGCCCAAGGUUCGUCGCUAUUGUUGUACUGAAAAAUCUAGGAAUUUAAAAGCAGAUCAGAAUAAAUACAAAAAAAUGUGGGACAGCACAAAUUAGCUGCUAAUGAUGUACUUGGGUGCAUCAUUUUUGAGUGGCUUAAAAAGACAAUAAACUGCUGAACUACAAAAGAUAUGUGUUUCAAAUGGUAUAUUUAAAAAAUGUGCCAAUGAAUAUAUUUACUAAUUGUUGUAUAAAAACUAAAAUAGUGAGCCCUAGCUAUGUUACGCUAGGUCUCGCGACCUUUUUGGCUUUCGAUCCGUUAAAAUGAAACGACCCCUCAUUGUGGGUUGUAAAUGUUUAUCAGCGGUUACUUCUUUAACCAAAAAGUGAUUUCUUCCAAUGACAAAUGUAAGAAUAACCAUUUACAAGAAAAAAGGAAAAAUUAGAGCAAGAAAUUAGUUAUUUUCAGCUUUCCUCUUAUAAUCAUAUUGAUAGCCCUCAAAUUUGUCUUGUGACCCCUUUUUUUGGGCCCCCAUCCCCCAGUUUGAGAACCCCUGCUUUACAAUAGAAUGCUGUUGGUUUAAGAAACAACCCUAAAAAAUGACGAACACCAAGACACACUUUGCUGUAUAUAGUCCCCCACAAGGUCAUAUGAUUAACAAGCAUCCUCUCUAAGAUCCGACCUUUACACACAUGUGCAAACUAACACACUCUGAUGCACAUCCCCUCCUUGGGUAAUCUAGUCCUAAUCCUCCCACCCAAUCAAAUAGAGAGAGGGAUGAAAACAUGAGAGAAUAAGUCAACGGUUCAGAAUCCGAUGAGAUUUGGUGUCAUACUUCCCUGUGUGCAGCCUUCAAAUCCUGCUCAGAGGCCUUCAGCUGAACCCUGAACCUUCUCCAGCUCACCCAGGCUUUUUGGAGUCAAGCCUGCCACCCUGCCUGCCUGAGGGAUCUGGCAUGAAGUCACACCAGUCAACCAGAGAGCAGUGACGGCGGUGAUUCAUGCUCAGAGAGCAGAGACACCACCGUCUCCUUUUUAUGGAGCUUUGACUGGCAGCCAUUUUGGGCUCGUUGUUCCGGUCAGUGCAGCUUUCUGUCUCUGGCCCCGGCUUUGACAAGGACACUUGUGUCUUGACUCCCUCCCUCCGUCCUCUUUACACCCCUCCAACCCCAUUUCCACACACACUCAGCUGUUGUUCCCGGCCUGUUUCAUUAGAUUUGACACCCCACACCCGCCAGCCAUUGUCAGGACGAGGAAGGGCAGAAUGGUUGUGUUUGUUGGUACCGUUUUGGUUGUGUUUGUGUGUGAAUGUGGGUCAAAGUUAAGGGCAAUAUCUGCUUCCACCAUAUGCCUCCUGUAGACCUGGAUUUUAAUUAAGGUACAGUACAGCGUGUUCUGCUGAUAUUUACGUUUGCCCUAAUAUCAGUGACCAACAAAUCUGCUGCAGCAGGUUGGGAGCCUUCCUUUGAUGAACUCUUUUGGUCCGCUCAUUAAUGGCAUGUUCAUUUAAGCCUAAUUUAAGCUUUAACGCAAUUUGUCAAAUGUAACGAAGUUUGGUCUUGACCAAGAAGGCGACUGUCCCCUCAGUUCAGAACCUCUGUCCAUUCACGAAGCUGUUCCUACAAUCGUGUCACAUAGCGGAGCGGCUUUCAAGCCAAUUAACUCACAACUCAACCGGAGCUGUAAUUCUGUUCAUCCAAUCAAACCCCUCGGCUUGAUACCUGACAUACCUGACUACAUCUCUGUGGGCAAUAUAGGACUCUUGUAACUGAUAGACUCCAGCUCUUUAAACAAGAUUACAUUUAGUGCAAACUGGACCUUUUUCUGUGGAUGGGACAUUCAUCUGGGACUUUACAGAAUAUUUCAGACGGGCCUUAGCUCUGUUUGGAAGACUUUCGGGGUUUGUGUGAACAAUGUGAUAGAAGAUUUAACGGAUAAGUCUGGUGUUAUUCUAUACUAUUCUUGUUGUCAACAUUCAUAAGACUAUUUUAGUGCUUUAGAACUUCUCUACCCUGUCUCUGUUUUCAGCCGAAAGCCCAUUUGUUUUUACUGAAGACAUAAAUCUCUAAAAACAUGUCAUGAAUGUAAACUUCAAUUCUUUUAAAAUGUUAAGUUCUUCGCUACAAAAGCUGGGCACUGUAGUUUUUAGCAAACGUUACUGAAAGUGAUGUAAAUAUUGCUUUGUUGGGGACUAUUUUCAGCUGCGGAUGAAUACACAUUUAGAACAUGACAACCAAUGAAACUUUUGGACAAAAUGUAGCUCUAUGGCUCUGAGAAAUAAGAUUUAUCAGGCUUUUAGUUGGUUAGUUUCGUCCUUCUUAUAGGAUCUGUUGACACAAAGAAAAAAAUGGCAUAUCACACGACUUGUCCUUUAGUUCACCACAGCUCUAUGAGUUGUGUUAAGUUGUUUCAGUAUGCUGCUGCUGCUGGAGGUUGGUGUGAGAUGUAUUUUAAUGGCACACCUUCGACUGAUGAUGUAAAUACGUGGGUGUGUAACAAAAAGAGCUGUUAAGAAUGAAAACAUGAACAAAAAGAAUUAGUCUUUCUGUGUAGUAGCAUGCAUGCAAACCAGGUAGUUUAGAAAUGUUUCUUUUUUUUUUACCUCUGCUUUUGUUUGAAUUUUACAAUGUGAUGUUUGAAAUGAAAGAUUAUUUCUUUGGUCAUUUAAAACUGGAGUGUUCCUUUAUAGGAAACAUGAUGUGAACAGUAUUAAAGUCUCUUAUGACUGCAGGUGUACCUAUCAUCAUUAUAGUGGUCUGUUCAUGUUUAGAAUCAACAGCCACAGAGAAAUAAAUAAAUGAUCAACUCUUAUGUUCUCAAGCUCGGUCUUGAAAUAGCAAAGCAUGUUAAUUCACAUGAGCUAUGACAAGUUAUAACUUAACAUCUUUUAUUUUAGACUCAGCCGUCUCACACCAGACUUCAUGUGUUAAUUUGCUGAUUUAGAUGUGGUCAUGAUGUGUCAUCUUCCACAACAAGAACAAAGUACGGUAUACAUAUAGAACUGAUCAAGUUAGUAGCUUUUCUCAUCAAUGCACCAGCUGGUGACACAAAGACAGCCAUUGUUAAUGUAGCGUUUGUUUGUCGCGGGCGGCUCCAGCUCUGCCUGCGUCCUCGCCGAUCGUAGCUUUGCCUCUAGAUGCAAAAAGCUUUCGAUUUCAAGACUUCUCAUUCAACACCUCGUCUGUGUUGUGUCAACACUGGACAGAUGUUAAUACAGAGAUAAAUAUACAACUGUCUCGUAUCCUCUUCUGCCCGGGUUUCCAUAGUUACCUUCCUCAGCCAUCAUUGUAACUAUCACACCAAAAUGAAGCAGCAUAUCAACUCGAGUGACUUUUGUAAAGCCACUAAAAUGUGUGUGUGUGUGUGUAGCUAAAAGUAAAAUACUGUUGAUGGGGAAAACUUGAAGAAAAGUAUAUAAAAUGUGACUGUUUCAUUUAUUUUGUUUGUUUGUUUGUCUUCCUUUUUCAUGAUGAUGACGUUUACUAUGUUGAUAAUUUAAUAAAGUAUUGAGUUGAAAUCCAAA